UGCAUGAUGAUCAUUCACACCCUGGAUCAAUGUCACCAUCAUAAUUCCAUCGGUGGAGGUAUUGAGUAAACAUAUUGAUUUAUUUGCUCAUGAUUAGGGCUGCAUGCCUUUAGAGACACUGUGGCCCCUGCACAGUGUGGAACUGAAGAGGCUGGGCUGCAAGAGGAGAGGGGCGUGAUGGAAAGAGACAGGGUGAAUUAAAGAAGGAAAAAGACAAAAAGGAAAAGAAGAGAGCAAAUAGUGAAUGAAAGAGAGGUAGAGAGGUGGAAGGGAUUGAAAAAAAAGAAAAAGGGAGAGGGGGAAGGCAGAUUUGGGGGUGGAGUAAUUCAGAGAAUGCAAGCCGCUGCCCACCUCUCUCUCUCUCUCUCUCUCUCUCUCUCUCUCUCUCUCUCUCUCCACUGCUCCUCCGGGUGGAAAUUCAUCCUUCAGGCUCAGUAGCGGACAUUUGUGUUGAGGACCUCGGGAGUGCAGGACGUGUUCAGUCUUGAGGUCCAAACAGCAGCAGCAGCAGCAGGAGCAGCCUCUCCAGCCGUGUUAACUGGGUGUAGCAGCGGACACACACACUGCUGUAGCCAUUCAAGUAGUGAUUUUAUUUACCGCUUACAAAAAUGAUGUGAUUUUCUUCUUUCUUUUUUUUUUUUAAUUCUUACCACUCAACUAAUUUCUUUCUUUUUUUUUUUCUUUUUCUUUUUUUUUUUUUACAGGAUUUUGUAAUUCAUAUCCGGACACUAUUCUGUAUUUUGUAGGCAAUAUUAUUUUGUAUUUUUGAAUAAGGCUUUAUUCCCACCUUCCGCUGCGACUACUAGAGGCUAACUUUGGAGCACCGGAGAGACAGCCAGUCGAGAGGAGCGGGAGGAAGGAAGAGAUUUGACACCGAGAGGCGGCGAGCCUAUAUUUGUCCGCUUGACUGUGUGUGAAAAGGAGGAAAACGGAGCUCCACUGUCGCCACCUCCUCCAACACCACCAGCCUCCUUUUCUUCCCACCGUACGGAGGAAGCAGCAGCAGCAGAAGGAGAAGGAGAAAGGGAAAGGGUAGAAGGAGGAUUUAGCCUGAAUUACGCCACGGGGGAUAUAAAACCUGGAGGAGAUUUGACGAUCUCUGAGGUGCUCGGCACAAUGGGACUCCAGAACCUCUGAGGGGUGAGCACAAAAGGCCGUGGGGAAGAGGAAGAAUAAAGCCGAGGGAGGGGGAAAAAGAGGACAAAAGAGGAAGAGGAGGAGGUGGAACAGAAGAAGAAGGAGGGAAGAUUCUCACCCGGCGCCAGGAGACGAAGGAGAGGCUUUUUUCUGCAGAAGAGAAGUGGGCGGAUAAGGAGAGGGAGGGAGGGAGAUUUGAAAGGAGGGAUUUGAUCUGUCGGGGGUGCAUGCUCUCCCCUAAGUCCCCCCCCUCCCACUCGGACAUCCUUUUUACUUUUUUUUCUGCAUCAUCGACCGGACAACAAAAGGAAAAGAAUGCGCAAUAAACUAAGUUUGGGAUGCCUCGGGGCGAGCAGGGGCCUCGAUGUGAGACUACCAAGGACUAGAGCCUUGCUGUUGGGCUUGCUUCUGGCCACAGCAGGCUGGCUCCUUCCGCCAGUCUGUGCAGAUGUGGAGAUCGACGUGCUUGGCGAGAUGGUGUUGAUGGAGGGAGGUGGAGAAAGUGAGAGGGUGGGUGGAAGUAGUGACCUGGAGGCCUCCAUGCACUCCUCGCUCCUUCAGGACUUCCAGGAAGCGACGGAAGGUAUCCGGGCGAUGGAGGCUGUCGCCGCGGAGACCGUCGAGAGGGCGGCUACUCAGCAGAACUUGGCCGCACCCACUGCCUUCCCGGACUCCUCGGCGGUAGUGGGUCGGAUCUUCCAGAUGACGGUGCCAAACAAGAUGGAGGAUGUUUACCUGGGUGAUAUUGUCAAGAUCACAGAGAUGGGUAAGGACUCCCUCCCAGCCUGGCUGCACUGGGAUGCCAACAGCAGAAUCCUGCAGGGUCUACCUUUGGAGGAGGACAAAGGCGUCCAUUACAUCUCGGUAUCCAUCUCCAACCACACAAAAUCCUCCUCUUCCUCAGAGGUGUUCUCCAUCGAGGUACACCCUGAAGAUCACUUGGAAGCAGAUUCAGCCCAGCUGGCGUCCAACCAAGCCUCCACUGAAGAUGACGUCCAGCCAUUCAUGUGCGGCACCGAGGAACCAGUCACAGUGCUGACGGUGAUCCUGGAUGCCGAUUUGACCAAGAUGAGCUCGGAACAGAGAGUGGAGCUCCUCGACGACAUGAGGAGCUUCUCUGGGGUGGGGCUCCAGCACAUGAAGAUACUCCCUGUGGUCAACAACAGGCUGUUCGACAUGUCUGCAUUCAUGGCUGGGCCCGGGAAUGCCAAAAAGGUGGUGGAGAACGGCGCUCUGUUGUCCUGGAAGCUCGGCUGCUCACUGGACCAGAGCACGGUCCCAAAUAUCAACAGUGUCCAGGGUCCUGCAAAGGAAGGCACAAUGUCAGCCAGGCUGGGUUACCCUGUGGUGGGAUGGCACAUUGCCAACAAGAAACCCCAUGUCCCUAAGAGGGUGAGGCGCCAAUUAAACAACACUCCAACACCCGUUCUGGCAGUGGUUCCUCCAACAACUGUAGUGGAGCCGCCAGUGAGGAUUAUUCCAACCCUCUCAUCUCCCUCUAUUGCUGCACCAACCGAAAGCUCUGCUCCCCCUGUAAGAGGCCCUGUUCCCCUACCAGGCAAGCCUACAAUCAAAGUCCGUGACUCUAUUGCCCACACACCAACCCUAGCACCCCCUCAACCAACAAGGAUAGUGGAGACCAGCAGCACCAUUCCUAUCCAGCCAACCAUGACCAGACCUACUUAUGUGGAGGCCACCGCUACACCACCUGCACCUACUAGAAGACCUACCAAGAAACCUAAGAGACCCAAAACCACACCGGCGCCCAGAGAGCCAAAGACCACCACACCCAAGCCUUCCAGGCGCACCACACCAUCAACUGUCGUCAUCCCGGACCCAUACAAUGAGAAGCCUGUCCUGCGCAACCCCAUCGACCAGGUCAAUGCAUUGACGGGCACCUAUUUCGAGGUUAAGAUCCCAUCUGAUACAUUCUUUGACAAAGAGGACGGGACAACUGACAAGCUGCGCCUAACUUUGAGGCAGAAUGACAAUGAAGUGGUUGGAGAGGGCUCCUGGAUCCAGUUCAACACCACCAGCCAACUUCUCUAUGGCCUGCCUGAUGUCCAACACGUGGGCAAACAUGAAUACUUUAUGCAUGCAACGGACAAAGGUGGCCUGAAUGCAAUUGAUGCUUUUGAGGUCCGCGUGAACCGCUGGCCCGUCAAUGACAAGACCCCUGUGAUCUUCACGGCCCGAUUCGAAGGUGAGCCGCGUUCAAUAACAAAUGACAUCCACAAGAAGAUCCUUCUGGUCAAGAAGCUGGCGUAUGCACUGGGAGACCGCAACAGCAGUACAGUCAGUCUACGAAAUAUCAGCAAAGGGUCCAUUGUGGUGGAGUGGACAAACACCAGCCUCCCGCAGCACCCGUGUCCAAAGGAACAGCUUGCAGUCAUGAGCAGGACGCUCGCCAGUGCUGAUGGAAAGCCUUCACAAGCUUUCAGGUACUCUAUGGAGCCUGAAUUCAGACCACUGGAUGUCCAGGCCAAGGGAAGGGCGAGCUGCAGAGCAUAUUCCUUCAUCCCGCCGAAAGAGAUCGAUAUAACAGAACCUCCAGCAGUCACUCCAGCUCUGGGAACAGGCCGGCAGAGCACAGAUGACGUCUAUCUCCACACAGUCAUUCCCGCCGUGGUGGUGGCAGCGAUCUUGUUAAUAGCAGGUAUCAUUGCAAUGAUCUGCUACAGGAAGAAACGGAAGGGCAAGCUGACCAUCGAGGACCAGGCCACCUUCAUCAAAAAAGGUGUGCCGAUCAUCUUUGCCGACGAACUCGAUGACUCUAAGCCGCCUCCAUCUUCCAGUAUGCCCUUGAUUCUACAGGAGGAGAAGCCCCCACUUCCACCCCCUGAGUACCCCAACAUGGCCACACCAGAGACCACUCCCCUCAACCAGGAGUUGCUGGGGGAGUACACAGCUCUGCGGGACGAGGACCCCAACGCUCCUCCCUACCAGCCACCGCCUCCCUUCACCACCCCCAUGGAGGGCAAGGGCUCCCGUCCCAAGAACAUGACUCCCUACAGAUCUCCACCUCCCUACGUGCCACCUUAAGACUUGUUUAACCCUCCCCUCAUAGGGUGGAGGGUGAGGAUGCCUGAGGAACUGUGACGGUUUCCAUUCUGGUGUUUUGUCUGUCUGGACAUUUACAGGGAGAGAUGACAAGAGGUGCUAAAGUACAAAAGGGGACUACAGGGGACUUUGGUUUGGGAGGGGGCAUAAUGAGUCAGGUGGGUUUUUACACUAGACAUAUGGGAUGAUUGGUUGAAACAGCUGGGAGGGACUACUGUUUUAGUGGUAGCCCAGCUACUACAGUGGCCUAAGACAAACAAAUUCUCGUCACAUUGGCUUUUGGAUCGACCAGUUGGUCAGAAGCGACGAUUGGGAGACGUGCUCUCCCUUCCCAGCAUUACAUUUUGUUCCUCUGUUGAUUUAAAAUACUGGCUUUUAUUUAGGUUUUUUUCCUCAUCAUUAUCCCAAGGUUAUUAUUCUUUUUUUUUUGGGACUGAAUCGUUUGCCUAACAACUCUUCUUUUGUGUUGCUUUUAAAUAAUACGAGAAGACGGCGAACUGCCAUCAGACCACUGCGGGCAACGCAACUCGUGUUUUUAAUAAGGAGCGCGAGAUUCUCUGUAUAUGAAAAACAUCUAUCACAAGGAUCUCGAAUCCCCCCCCCUGCAGACGACACAAGAGAAUGGGAGGCCGAGGCGUGUGUGUGUGCGUGUGAAUGAGUGGGCGGGUUUAUUCAGAUUCAAUACGGUUUGCCUUU